AUGGGUCGAGGCAAAACGCCGCACGGACUCGUGCCCAACGUGAGAGCGCGCAGAAUCGCGUACGAGAAGAGAAAGGACGGCCUGAUGAAGAAAGCCCGGGAGUUCUCCGUCCUCUGCGGCGUCGACACCUGCGUCGUCGUCUUUCCCGAGGCAGCGGCGGCAGGCGGCGACCGCCCGACUGCGCCGGAGGUCUGGCCGCCGGAUAGCGGGGAGGCCAGGCGCAUCAUCGAACGCUACAGAUCGGCUGGCCCGAAGAAGAAGGAGAAGGAGAAGAAGCUCGGCCUCUGCGGGAAGGGAGAGCUCUUGAAAGACUUGUCGAAGAGCCAACUGAGGUCGCUCCUGAGCAUUCUUGGCGACAGGGUCGACCUCGCGAAGCGGAAGCUCGCCGCGAUGAAAGAGGAGAAGAGGGUCGCGAUGGCUGGCGCGAUCUUGGGUCCGUGCAGCGAAAAAGGCCCGAGCGUCGACGCGGUGCCGCAGAAGAGGGCGCACCAAGCAUGCGCGGCCAGUACGCCGGAAUGGGUCGCCGGUCCUCAGCCCGACGCUCGCUGCUCGUACUCCGUCGACGGCCGCUGGGACACCCUCGCAAUGGAGGAGGAUUCCACUUUCUUCCGUACCUUCCUGACGGAGAAGAUGGUUUUUUGA